GAUUUAGUUAAACCAGACUACUUCCUUGAGUAGUUGGUCCACCACUUCGGGGUCAAACACUCACAGAACUAAAGAAAACAUGGGUUCUCACCGGAAAGUUCCACGAACCGUAGAUUGGUCAAACCCUCCACCGGAAAUUCUCUCCGCUAUCAGCAAACGCCUUGAAAGUGGAAUCGACAUUUUCCGAUGUCGUUCCGUCUGCAAGAAUUGGCGAGCUUCCAUAAACCCUAACCCUAACUCAAGCUGUCUUUCCCCCUUUCUCCCUCGCAAAAUCUCAAAUCCCACUCUUCCUUUCAUCAAUCGCCCCAAUGAAACCCUAAUUCUCUUUGCUCGAACAGUCUUUCUGGUCAAACCUCUUCCUUUUUCAAAUGACAACAGCAGCUGGGUUCUAACAGUGGAAGAAGUCAUACCCGGUAAGCUUCGGGUUCUGUACCCUCUUUCUACAAAUAGAGUUACAGCUUUACCUUCUAAUUUCCCGAAAUAUCUGAAUUUAGCGGAUUUUAGUGUGUCCGAAAUUGAUAGAAGUUAUGGAUUUAAGUAUGCUAGUGAUUGCGAAAAUGUAUGUGGUGUUCAGAAAGUGGUUUUAUGCUCUGCUUCCACGGCAAUGGUGUUAUACGGUGAAGGGACUCUAAUUGGGGUGAGAAUUGAAAAUGGGAUAUGGGGUUUUGUUCGCGAUAGUUUGGUUACCUCAUUUUCUGAUGUGAUUAGUUUCAACGGAAUGAUUUCUGCUGUUGAUUAUAAGGGGAAUUUGUAUACUGUUGAUCAUAAGACAAUGAAGGUGAUUAAGACGGUUGCUGUUAAUUUAUCUAAUUUCCGUAAACUGAAUCAAAAGAGAUUGGUGGAGCGUGAGGGAAAACUCUUAUUAGUAGCUUGGCCGCCUAAUGGUAGUCAUUCUUCGGAAAUUCGUUUUACUGUCUACAAUCAGGAUGAGCUGGAGAGUGAUUGGGUUCCAACAAUUCUUCAAGGUUGGGUUAUUUUUGUUGGUCUAGAUUGGUGCUUUACUGUCUUUGCUCAAGACCUAAACAUAUGUGACCCUUUACCUAAAAAAGAAGUGAAAUUUUAUACAAGGGAUAUACAAUAUCAAGAGUGGGAUGUGAAGAGCGAGGAUUUCCUUGUUUACUCACAAAGUUGCUUUGAUGCCUCUGCUAUUCCUCCUCUGUACAAUCAUCAACUGUUUGAAGGGGCAAGUAUAAAACUUCCAAUUCGUUGUGUAUUCAUUAGAAGCCAAGACAAAGAUAGGACCAAUUAUCUUUGUGGUACCAUUACUGGAGCGCUAUGGCCACCCCCUACCUGGUUCUUGCCAGAUUCAUUCAUUUUUAUCAGGGACGAUGAGGAGAGUGAAGAAAUGAACUUGUGGGAACAAGGUGUGUCAGCUGACAGCAAAGAAAAAUUGCCUCCGUCUUCUAUUGCCGCCCCUUCUAUUGGAGUUGCAAACAUUCCACAAGGGACAAACAUGCACACAGUUCUUGGGGAUUCUCCUGCAUUGAGAAUUCAGGAUUUUAACAUUUGUUCUUCAACAGAUGUUUUUGAAGGAGUGAAGAUCAAGUCCAACCUUGUCCAUACUUUGCAAAACAUUUGGACAAAGUGGUGACUUGAUCGCUAGGUCCUUAGAGUCGCUAGCAACAGCAGUGCUCAUCCUCCAGAGUAGCUCAGGACAAACCUUGAAUAAAAUCCAAGCUGAGUACUUGAGCUCUACAUUGUCUGAUCUGCAAAACAUGCGUUUUAAAGUAGACUGGUUGGUACCAUUUGUCGAAAAUGCAUUGGCCGUUCACAAAAGCAAGCCACUGAUUGAUUCUCUGAAGGAGUUUGGUGAGGCUAAAGCUCGGGCUCAAGAAAUGAAACUAAAGGUUCUUGAUGAAUUAGCCAAACUGGAUGAAAUGGAGGAAGACAUGAAAUUUGUUUUUGAGAAAAUUCCUGUUUUGGAAUCUGUUGAUCUUAACAGAGGUUUAGGAGAGGGAAUUUGUUAACCUGUUGUUGGUAACAUUUUUUUGUAUUCAAGAGUGGCAAGGAGAAAAUCUUCUUUCUAUGUAGCUGACUUUUGGACUUUUGGUGGAGUAACUACUAUAGAAGAGCAGAGGAGGAUACCUGCAUUUUGAGGAGGGAUGAUCUGAUCAUAGAGGCAGUAAUUACUGAAUGGUGGGGUGCAUAGUGUACCCCUUCCCUUAUUUUGUUUUCCUAGUAGAAACAACGGUGCUUGUAAAUUGUAAUAAUAUUUAAAAACUCGGUUUUUGAUCAGCUGCGACUUUGAUGUGUUUGUUAAAGAAACUGAGUAAUUCAGUUCAUACUAUUUACAUUUUGCAUCAAAAAGUUGUUUGAACUAAAAGAAGUAAUUUCGCAGUAGAAUUUGUUGGGGUUGAUUCCCGUAUGA